CCAUUCCUGGCCUACUUUUAUAUUUUACGUUCAUUACACGUUCAUUCUUUGAGCCACUACUUAUGGAACACAUAUUCUGCCAGGCAAAAUGCACCAUGCUGGGCUCUGGCCUUAGUUCACAUAGAGUCCAGGUCUCUGUUGGAGAAAAGUCCCAUAUGCUGAGCUUUGACUGUGUGCUUCACUAAUGUCAUCUCAUCCAUGUCAUCUCCCAACCACCCUGGUAUGCUCCACGUUUGACAAACACAGAAACCAAGACACAGAGACACUGAGUGGCUGCUGAAGGGGCUGGUGCUGGAGCCAGCGCCAACAUUCGAGCCUGCUGAGACCCAGACACGGUGCUUCCCCUCUCCUACACUCUCCUGUUGGCUCCUCUGUGAAGUGCCGAUGACGUUCGGGGUAUCAGGAAAAUGUUGUGUACGGAGUUUCUGACCCAUUCGUGGAUAAUCAACAACUGACCCAAUGCUGAGCAGUUUCCCCUCCCUUUACACCCCACCCCUUUCCCCCAGAGCCAUUUUCUCCUGAAGAAUCCACACCACUGCUGCAGGAAGCUUGGCUUCCCCUCCCAUGGGGAAGUGCUGGAAUCCACUCUUGCCUGACCCUCCCAUAAAAAACAAGGGAAAUUCCUUUACGUGAGCUGCCUUGCUCAGAACAAAGCUUGGCGUGUUUCUUAUUCCUCAUCAAUCUGACAAAAUGGGUAUUUAUUUGUGCCUCUCAAGCGUGUGGCUUGGACAUGAUGUUCCGCAUCGUGGAAGUGGCCGUGUACCAAGUGAAAUAUCUGUUACUAUAGUAACAGUUCCUUUUUAUUGAUACCAGAAUAAACAGGAAUGCAAAGGCUGUCUCACUUGUUGGCACAUUUCAGCAGCCUCCCGUUCCCAGGGGUUUAAGAACCGCCCUCUAGAGGCAGCCCUCCUUGCUAGUCUGGGACUUCCCAGUGGAGUGAGGAACCCAGCAACACGCUCCUGACUUCCCUUCCCAAGGACUCGACCUGAGAAGGUGAGAUUAUUGGCUCAGCUCUGAGCUACUCCCCUGCCCAUCUCCACAGCCGCCAUGUACUCGGAGAUCCAGAGGGAGCGGGCGGACAUCGGGGGCCUGAUGGCCCGGCCAGAAUACAGAGAGUGGAAUCCAGAGCUCAUCAAGCCCAAGAAGCUGCUGAACCCCGUGAAGGCCUCUCGGAGUCACCAGGAGCUCCACCGGGAGCUGCUCAUGAACCACAGAAGGGGCCUUGGUGUGGACAGCAAGCCAGAGCUGCAGCGCGUCCUGGAGCACCGCCGGCGGAACCAGCUCAUCAAGAAAAAGAAGGAGGAGCUGGAAGCCAAGCGGCUGCAGUGCCCCUUUGAGCAGGAGCUGUUGAGACGGCAGCAGAGGCUGAACCAGCUGGAAAAACCACCGGAGAAGGAAGAGGAUCACGCCCCGGAGUUUAUUAAAGUCAGGGAAAACCUGCGGAGAAUUGCCACACUGACCAGCGAAGAGAGAGCGCUGUAGGGCCAGCUGCCAGGCUCAGGCCACCACCCACCCUGGCCUGGACACCCUCCUCCAGCCCUUCUGCACCUGGCAGCCCUGGGCCCCAGGCCUUGGGACGUCUGUGAUGUUCCCACCUGCUUCUGUAGAAAUGUGUCACCCCAGAGGGCCUGGCUCUCCCUGGGAGGCUGGGGCCCCUAAGCUCCUAGGCUUUUCCUUCCAAGCACCCAGACCUUCUGCUCCACGAGGGAAAACUUGCAUCCCUCCCUGCAGGGGGUUCAGAGCCCAGCACAGGGGGUUUCUCUGGCAGAAUUGAGGAGGAAGAGGCAGCCCUCUGGCUUGACAAGCCUUCUGUUCUGCCCAGGCCUUCCCACCAGGAAUCUCCAAGGCUCCCCAGGGCCCCGCUUCUCCGCGCACCCAGCUCCUAGGUCUCAGAGAACUCCCCGACCUGUGAUUUUACCUGCAGCCAGCAGAGCUUAGCUUCAAGGACACCCGCCUCCAAAGCACUGAGGGGAGGACGGGCAGGGCAGACCACAGGUGGCCUUGUUGCUGCCAUCCUGACCAGGUGGGAGGACACUAACAAAGACAGCUGUUUUGGGUCUUCUCCCCUCACCCAUGCUUUCAUCAUCCCCUCCGCACAGCGCCCACCGCCACCCCACCCCCGCCCCAUCCAGGCCUUCUAACCACACCUAGCCAGGGCUGCCACAUUCCUGCGCCCAGAAGUCUGCAGCAGUGCCUCACAAACUUGAUUGUGCAUACAAAUCACUGGGGAUCUUGUUAAAAUACAGCUUCUAACUCAGUAGAUCUGGGGUGGGGGCUGAGAUCCUGCAUUUCUAACAAGCUCCCAGGUGAGGUGGAGGCUGCUGGUGUGAGGACCAUGCUGUGAGCAGCAGGGCGUGAGUGCCCAGGGCUGGUAUGUAUUAGAAAUAUCACGCCUGAAGCCAUCGCUGGCCCCCACCUCCCGUGGACUGAUGCCCCAGGGAUUCCCACCCCACCUCUGCAACCCCAGGUUUUCUUCAUUAUCCACCCCACCCCAGACUCCCACCCCCAGGAAUUCUCCAUGAAGACUUUGGCCUAGCAAAUUGUGUUGGUUAUGUGAGUGUUGUUUUAAUCAGAGAUGUAUGUGAUUGCCAAUCUGCAUUUCUUACCAGUGUGACCACACUGUUAUGAUGCAAAUCUAGCCAAAAAGAAAAGAAUUUUUUUUUUUACUUUUUCCUACAGUCUUAUGGAAAGCAAAUAUACAAUGAUUUCCAAUAGGCUUCUGGAAUAGAAACAGUGGUUUGAAGACCCCACUGCCGCCUUUAUGGACUGGCCCCUUUGAGUCUGAAUCCCCCGCCUCUGUCACCUGAGACCCAACCCCUAACUGGGCCAACUCCAAUGAAUUCACCCAUUUUUCUUCUUCAGAAGGCGUUUCUUAUGUGAGACCCACUUAUUUUAACCUUUUGCUCCUAUCCCAUUUUUAAAGAAUUAGAGAAUAAACCAGGCCUGUUCUUUUCCCCUGAAGUCCCUGCCUCUGGCUCCUAAACCCAUCAUCUAAGGUGACAGAGCAGUGCUGGAAUAGCAUCUCCUUUCACUUCCCCCAAAACUGCCUCAAAGAGCUGCCACUGGCAUGCUCUCUGAUUCCUGGAAGCAAACGUGGGACUGCCGGAGGAAAGGGAUUGUCCUGGUCUUACUCGUAACUGGGUGGUUUGAGGGUGACUAAAGUCGUGCUUUUCCUGUGUGUGGCCAGCACAGGGCUGUAAAUGCAGAUAUUCCGCCUGUGUGCAUAUAAAGUCAAGCUCAAAGAGGCUCCUGAAUGUGACUGGCGUGCUGAGAAUGUGGUUAUGCUGUUUAAUGUAUGUCAGGUGAGGGUUACGCUGAAGAUGCACAAUCCCUAAAAUAAAGAUCACCACAUCCCCAAAGAAGCAGCCCUCGGGUCCAUGUGUUGUUCAGACAUGUGAAGAGAAGCAAGACAGAGGGUCUCAGAUAGAUGAGGGGUCCCCAAGCGAAUGCCUGGGGCUUUACCCAGUGGUCCCCAGAGGUGCUCCAUGGAGGCAACAAGUCUUUCCGUGAAGCCCCAGAAGUAGAAGGGACCUCAAGCACCACGCCCUCCAGGGCAGCCGUGCAGAAGACCUUGGUUCACUCUUCAGGGGUCAUCCCAACUCCAUAUCUCCAGCCACUCCAACUGUGGAGGCUGUAAACCCAGAUUCUCACUGUUCCAGUCUCCUUUGCAGCAUAGGAUGGCUAUGUGAUUUGGUGUGGCCAAUGAAAUUGAAGAGGAAGUCUACAGGGGCUUCUGGGAAAGCUUAUGCUUUUCUGAUAAAAGACACAGGCAUGGCUAACAUCUCCCUGGCCUUCUUCUUUCUGCUUUGAUUGAGGGUGUGAUGCCUGGAGCCACAGCAGCCACCUUGCUACCAUGAGAAAAAGGCCAAGAGAAUCACAGAGUCAUUGACCCUAUCAUUAUUUCACCAAGCCAAUGCCAGCCACCAUCCUUCUCCAUAAUUAUUGUAAAUAAAAUAAAUCCCUCUUUAUUUAAACCA